AUGGCUGAUGCGAGGCACAAGAGGGUUCUGGAGAACACUCAAUUUGCCCUCAUCGCCACCGUGCACAAGCUGUACUCGAUGGUCCGCAAUGGCCAACAAUGGGAUCUUGGCGAGCCUGACCUGAACGACCGUGGCCAACCCGUAAUCCACAACAUCGCCCAGAAGCUCGGCUGCAUACGACCCAACAGCGACAUUGACCUACCUGUCCACUCCGUCUUCCCAGAGGACGAGCAAGGCCUCUCCGAGCUCGCGCGCCAACUCGAGGAGCAACAACAGCACGAGAAGGCGGCGCACGGCGGCGAGCACGACGCAAGGACGGACCGCGCAAGCUCCUCCGACUUGGACCAUUCUGACUUUGAGGAUUACCGCAAGGUAGCGUUUGGUGGCGGUGGCCGCCAGGCAAGCAGCACCAUGACCCUUUCGCCGGCGAGUCUGACCUACGAUUCCUUUGACGGCUACUCGGCACAAUCCACAGACAGCCUCCCAAGCACGACAUCACCGGCGCAGCAUGUGCCUGCGUCCUUUGCGCCAUGGAUGCGGGCGCCAUCGAUGGGAUACGAUCAGCAGUUCAUACAGCCGACAGGGGCAUUCGCAGGCAUGGACAUGCUGAACCAGGGGCUACUGGAGUCGGAAUUCGGUACCAUCAAACCACAUGUCUUGUCAUGUCCCAACCCAGAAGUAAUGCUGGGUAUCGGCGACCCCAUGAUCUACUCUGGAUUCGAUCCCGAAGGCAUGCGACUAUGA